UGUUGUAGCUAACAACCAUUACUCCAGCCUCAGUAAAAGAUGGUCUAUAGUGAUUAACCUAUCAAAAGGCUGGAGUAUUUUGUGCUCAACCAUGGACCCAUCAACGCUAGCGUUGAGAGGUAACUUUAUUUGCUCGCCGAUACUCAGGGUUCUACAAACACACUCAAAUCCUCUGCUUUGCAUCGGCCUUGCAUACUCAUGAAACCUCAUCGCUAUCUCGAGGCCGACACCUCUGGAUCGGCAAAGCGCAGGUAUCAGAAGAAGCUGCGACAACGGCCGCACGCGCUUGCAAACAAGAAGUUUUCCAUCUUUAGUCAGCCUUCUCUGCGGUCACUGAAACCGUCGCCGCGCAAAAAACUCGAGAACGAGCGCGCACCAAGCCUUUGGAUCCUGCCUCGCGACAUCGACUUCCGCAGCACAGAGCAUGGAGUAGUACACCCCAGUGCGAGUUUUCUGGGUCUUCCAGCAGAACUUCGACAAUGUAUUCUUCUUUUGUCCUAUCAAUUCCAACCAGUACCGGAAACCAAGUUCGGGCCACGCGACAAGAAGCUACAUAUGAGGAAGCGACACACGGAAUCGCGAAGACUGCUUACGGACCAAGAAUAUUUCAACAUGUGUGGGGUGAACGAUCGCAUUGCGGAGCUAUGUCGGGUGUGCAGAGUCGUGUGCGAAGACAUGCAAUAUGUGGGCAAGCAGUGGCGGAGCGCUGCUGAAUCAUCUAUACUCAAGAAGAUCGAUGUCGAUGCAUUCGAGUCCCCGGGCUAUACUCUGGUCCAGGGCCCCGUGUACAGUGUCAAAAAAGCCGUAGUCAUUCAAGGGAACGACCGGCAUUUGAGGGGAAGAAGGCCGGGCAAAUGCUGGUAUUGCACAGAGCGCCAUGUAGCAGGUCAGCCUAGGUGUCCGAUGGCGACAACAGACUCGCAAAGAUGGAUGCAAGAGACGAGAGCAAUCGGUGGCUGGAGAAGCAGGGUACACACGAGCGGCCUAUUUCAAGGAACGAGGGUGGUGUUUGGUGACUAGGGACUUGCGAAAGCUUGCCUUCACCUCGAGAGCAGAGCGCCGUCUUCACCGAGCGUUGCCUAUUCAACCCAUCGAACAAUAGCAAACGGCCCCUAACCUUUCUGGCAUAUGACUCUUCCUCCUCAAACUUCCUUUGACCUGCAAAUAGUACCUUCGAACGCCUUUCUUGUUACAAAGUCUUUGUUCUAUCCCGGUCUGCCCAGACUUGACUUCGCCAGAUCAUGUCAGAAACCAAUGCUUUCUCCUUCUCGGGAGUGAACUUCCCUCAAUUCAACUCUACGGAAGCAAACUUGCGAACAGAGAUAGCGACGCUUCACCGUGAGAAAUUCGCACUGCAGCGCAACAUACGACAGCUCGAAGACGCAAAGGGCAUAGCGCAAACGCUAUCCGAUGCCAAGGUUCAAGUCCAGGAGGCUCAAAGGGAGACGAAGCGCGCAGAAGCCGCUGAAAAAGUUGCCCGCGUGGCACUUGCCA